GAGAUUUCAAUUUCUCUGUUUCUGUUUUGUGCUAUUGCCUUCUAAUUUCAUAUCUACUAUCCUAACUUCUGUUACAGACUGCCUUCACUACAAAGAACCUUUUCAGUGACAAAAACAGUUAUAGGGAACACUUAAGAGAUUGCCGAGGAGGCUAAACGCUCAACUAAGGUUAUUAAGCUGAGGGAGCUUACACUUAAGGGGAUGUUGAAUCAGUUGUUAAGUUGAAGAGACUUGACAUUGAUAUGGCAACCUUUGAUGCAUCCACGAUGGAAAAUUUUCUACAAGGGUGCGAUAAGGAGAAGUCAGUGAGAUACCCUACUCAGCAAUUGAAUGACUUUACAAGCAAUUACUCGAAAAGGUUGGGGUCUGGAGCAUAUGGGGAUGUUUAUGAAGGGUGGUUUCCAAAUGGAAUCAAGAUUGCGGUGAAGUUGCUCAAGGAGAAAUAUGAGGGAGCAACAAAAAAACAAUUCAUGGCAGAGGUAGGCACAAUUGGAAUAACAAAUCGUAUUAAUUUGGUUAGAUUUUAUGGUUUCUGCUAUGAUAAAAGUACAAGUGCACUUGUAUAUGAAUUCAUGGAAAAUGGAUCGCUUGAGAACUAUUUGUUUGUGAAGGAGAGGAUGAUUGAGUGGGAAAAAUUACAUGUAAUAGCAGCGGGGACAACUAAAGGAAUUGCUUAUUUGCAUGAAGAAUGUCAACAGAGAAUUAUUCUCUAUGAUAUAAAGCCAGCCAAUAUUCUACUUGAUGCAAACUUCCUCCCUAAAGUUACAGAUUUUGGGCUUGGGAAGCUCUUCAAGAGGGACAAUAUUCAUGAUUUAGUUACCGGGUUCAAGGGAACCCUUGUUGGGAAGAGGAAAAACAAGGUUAGCAGUUCCUCUGAAAGCCUUGAUUGGUUUCCAAAGGUUGUGUUGGAUAAGUACCAGAAGGGCGAAUUGGCUAAGCUAAUUAAAGGAGCUAGGCCACCAAUGAAUGCCAUGGUGAAGAUGCUGGGAGGAGUGGAGAUCAUGCAACCUCCUAAACCCACUCAUUUAUUGUUUUCAUCGUGGGGGACAAGUGUAGUCAAGCCACCAAAUGCUACUAAUGGCUCGAGUUCCUCCUCGAGUGAAGAAUCCAUGUCUUAUUGGUAUAAAAAGACCACUUCAAUCAUGGCCAAGCAUGAAAUAGUAGUUAACAAGACUAAAAUCCAGUUUCAUACUUUGGUGGCAUAUCCAUCGCUGAACUUGCCAAUAGCAGCAAAUCUCUCCAAAGUGAUAGAAAUUGUUAGUCUAUAUUGGUCAAUGUAUAGUUUAUCUGAUGUGGUACAACAGGUUGACUAAGGUUAGUCAACGAUGUCCAUCAAGUUCAAGGAGAUUUGCCCUUUUUUGUAAAUUGCUAAGUGGAUUUGCCGCCAAACUUUCAUUAGGGACGUAUUUGCUAGUAAAAAUUAUUUUAUGGG